CACCUGUCCUGUCGAGUCAGCAUGUCAAGUCUCGAGGAGACAGGACAUUUUCGUAAAUUAACAUAUUAUCUGCGUGAACUUUACUUCGUUUAAAACUCUCUCUAAUUGACCCAAAUCAUGUUUGGGGACACCGUUUAUGUACAAAAUUGUACUGAGUUUGCGGUUCGUGAUUGGCCACACACCCGUAUCUGCUCGUAUGGCGACGGUUCAACCAAUGGGUACUUCGGGCUACAUGUGUGCUUAAGGUCUCCGCUUUACGGCAUUAAACUAAUAGUCUCAUUUUCAACUGCCGUAUAUCAAAAUUCAGGAAGUUUUCAUGUUCUACAACCUUCUACGAACGGUGGCCAGUGAUCUUAAUUGGGCUCCAUUCGGUGCGUGAAAAGGGAACCUCGAAACUUGAGCCAAGGGGAUGUUGAGAUUGAAUACCAAGACUGUCUUUGAUGGGUGUUACCAGCCUAUGAUAUUGCGUCCUGACAGCAAAUUUAUCGUUUGAUGAUUUCUGGAAGAAAGUAGCUCACCAAUGUAGUACAAUGGAUGUGGAUCCUACACCUCUGAGCAGUACUUCAAACCUGAAGCGCUCAUCAAGUGCUCCAAUGAUAAAUGUCUUAGGAAAUACAUCUACAGUAAAUCGAGACACAUCUUCACCGCUGCUGUUGAGCAUUCCAAGAACACGGCGGUUUAGUGCCAGCUUUAGCCCAAACCAUUCACCUUCUUCUCCUCUUGCGGCUGUGCCGUCGAGGGUGAGCCAAAUAAAGCACGAAGAAGGCAUGGACGUCAUGAUCCGAGAGACAGCACACGAGAAGGAGGUUCAGUCGAAGAUACAGAUAUCUCAGUCAUGGGAUGACCUCUCUCUGGAUGACGGAUGCCUCGGGGAUACAAGCAAGAGACCAAGGUCGCUUACUGACCCGUUACACAUAUUCACGCCUCCUCCGGGUCUCUGCAAUUCGCCGUCGCCAACGCGUACUGGCAAACAGUGUUUUUCACCGUCAAUGUGUCUGUCAAGCAAGCAGGCAUUUUCUCCUAGUCCCAGCCCGAGUCCGACGCGAAAGGCAUUUGCAACAAGAAGUCAGAGCCCGAUAACUCUUAGGCCAAGCCAGUUUUCGGUCAAGCGCAAGUUCGACAUGGACAUGGACCAAAGCGACUUUCCUAUGCCAGCGAAGCGUCUCAACCUCUCUGUUGCGCAGGAGAUGCCUUCUUCGCAUGUCUUGCAUCAAAGCCUAGAAGUCAUGAACAGCCUAGAUGCAAUGAGCAGCCCGGAGCAGACUGUGCCGCAAGACAUGACGGACUCGUUGUCGAGCAGCAGCGGGUCCCCCUGCUGUCCAACUCCUUUCCUCCCCGUGGUGCGCUCUCCGUCUGCGGUGCCCACCGCAGACACUUCGUGUACAAUGGAGGACUCUUAACCCUUGCACAUGAUUAAAGAAGGGGUGUCGUAAUUGGUUGGGUCCCCGACGCCUUGCCGAGCUGUAAUGACGUGGCACCAUUGCGUUGCAGAAACGUUAGACCUUUGGAAGCAAGCCUGUCCCUAUCUUCCCACGAUUUUUUGCCGCAUUAUUUAUUACCUACGACGAAAGGACAAAAAAGGCACCUUUGCAAUAGGCACAAGAAGUGCAGCAACAUAAGCCUUAUGUCUCUAUUCAAACAGCACCCACAAGCCCAAUGGGUAAGUGAAAAGUAGAUUCCCCUGCUUUCUGUGCGAACCAUUUGGCUUGUGCUGCAUGUGAACAAAUGUAAAUGCAGACUUUCGUUUUAAUUUACGUACGUGUCUUGUUUAUAUUAAACAAGGGCAAGCUGAUUGCACUUUUAGAUGGCAGAGAGGGUAAAUAUACGACAAGAGGCUAUGAUAACAUGGGUAGAGAUGAAAAAUUUUAUCAUCAGUGUUUACAACUGACCUGUGUGUGUGUGUAACAGAACACGACAUAGAACCUGGUCAAAGCAGUGCAGAAACGGGCAUGCGUCACCUGUCUUCCUUUUUUGAAAAGCUUCAGGUUUUAUAAUAUGUCCCUGUUUCUAUGUGUUUAAUGCUUCAAUAUGUAUUUAAAAUGUGGAAUAUAAUAUCAUUCAUGUGUUGAGUUGAGCAACGCAUAAUAGCACGCGCCAAGUGAUUCGUUUGUAUUGCCGCUAUUUGCUGACUUUGAUGUUUCCGGAUCUUCUUCAUAUUGAGAGUGUGACACAUUUGCUCUUCCUCAAUGAGAGAGUGUGUCUAAAACUGUGGGUACCUUUGCUAAGUGUCCGCAUACAGUCAGUGUGCUUUGCUAAUGGUACAGAAAGAUGUGUAUUCUGCUAAGCUGCUACUAAUGACGAAUAUCAGUGUGCACGCUAAAUUGGCCCCGUGCUAAUUGACUGUUAGUUGGGCUGCCAAAAAUUUGCCUCUGUUAAUUUUCCCAUUAAUGUGACGUACCGUGAUAUCUUAGUUCCUCACUUGCAUAUUUGUCCUGUAUGAACACUGACAAAAUGCUUUUUUUUUUUUUAAUUUGUGUGUGUACAUAUAUGUAUUUUGAGAGACAGUAUACAGUAAUGUGGUUUCAUGACACAGUAACAAAGGCUGCAGGGUUUUUCAGAUUUGAUUUUAAAAGAUUUUUUAGCAUUGUUAUGUAUGUAUGUAGCAAUUUCUUGCAAUAGUUUGGUAUCAGCCACAAACAGCUAUUUCUUUUUCUUGCACUUUACGAUGUGUUUCAUAUUGCACUAUACACCCUUACUCCAAUGUGAGCAUGUGUUUUUUUUUUUUUUUUUCUUUCAAUUAUUAGAAAUGACAAAGAACACUCAUGCUAUUAUACUCUACAAAUGUUUGCUCUUCCGUCAACAUUAAUAUAUAUGCAUUCUUUCAGAAGGGCAAGUAGCUGGCAUGCUCUUCUCUUUUUUUUUCCUCUCUCUUCCUCUUUUUGACUGUUUAGUCUGGUAAAAAAAAAGCAACACGUAUUUGCAUUUGUUACAUUUCUUUUGAGCCAAAUCAAAUGUAGCAGACAGUUUGUACGUAAUCUGUAGGCAACGCUGUAUGUCUUUUAAGCAUGUCACAGAGACCACUUGACAAGUGCUGAUACCUGUACAAAGCGUGUAGUAUUUUUUGAGAAAAAAGUCAUUGGCUUAAAAUCAUGGAAGGUGACGUAGUGCUAGGUGUGAACAUGCAUUGCAUUGACGCUUAUUGCCGCACAUAGAAUUAUCUGUGCCAGUACUUAGCUUAUAACAUUUGCAGGGGUGUCAGAUCAGUAGAGGUGCUCCUGCCCGCAUUUUAAGAAAUGACGUGUAAGCACAUAGUAUGCAAUUGAUGUUAAGGAAUGUAGUGUUGUUUAUGAUGUCACAUUGCCUCUUCAGACACUUGAGCUGCUCAAGAGAGAAAAAAAGAAAAAAAUGCCAUUGUGGUGGCACCAAAGAGUUCUCUACUUUGCGCUGCAUGACAGUCUCCAAAAUGCCCUCAGAAACUGAUCAUAUGAUUGCAUGUAGCUGUCACUGUUUAACAACUGUGUCUGACUUCAGUAACAUUUCCCAAAUAGUACAAUGCAUUUUUAACAAGUUUAAUGUGUGAACAAGAACACAGCACUACAGAAAGUUGGGCAGCAAGCAAUGUCAUGCACAUACAAAAUAGAGCACAUGCAUGUUGAUCAUGCUGCAAGCUUCCCCCUGCACCGUUUCAUCCGUAUAAUUAAUAUAGCAUUUUCUUACCUUAAUGCAAGGCUGUAGGAUGGCAAGUACUAUUUUGUUGCUUGCGAUCUUUGCAUUAUCUCAUGAAGCUUGCAGAAUUUACUUGCAGUAGUUGCUGCUGCAAGUUCACUUGAAUCCAAUGUUACUCUUUUGAAAACCUCAUUCAUGAAGAAUAUCCUAAAUGCACACGUACCACAUCCAUGUGCAUUUUGCAUAUUGCGUUAAUAGUGCUUUUGACAGAUUCUGAGAAAGUGACUGGAUUUUCUGUGUAAAUUUAUAUUGUGUGUAAUAGUCACUGCCGCGUUCGGCUGAAUGGUGUGCCGCAAAGCGCUUGCAAAAUCGAGGAGGUGUACAUUAUGUUGCACAUGUUCUGUUUCAAAUGUUUCAAACGAGGUUUUACUGUAAUCUACGGAAGUAGAACAGGCAAACACAUUAGUGUAGCAUACAUUGUACACAGCAGAGUGCAGUCUGCAAGACGUGCUCCACCAUUUAGGAGGGUGCUGUGCUGUAACAUAUCAUGUGUCAAAUGCAAUUUAGUUUAUGAACUGCCUAUGCGAAGACCUUGCUGUGGUUGAGUGUGCAUGCAUGUGUGUGUGUAAAUAUGGUAUAUGCAAAUUCAGCAAAGAAUAUACGAUUUAUUAAAGUUGGUCAAACAAGUUA